ACAGACAGGAGACCAGCUGAGAACUCACUCACUUACAGCAAGGAAGACAGCUCUGUACCAUACAUACUUUUAGGCAACUCUCAAAACCUUUGGAAGUAUCCACAAGUGAGCUGGAAAACACCAUCAUCAUGUGCAGAGGACUUGAAUCACUGCCCUUCACCUGCCUGGAGAGGGCAAAGGAGCUGAAAGCUUUGUUUGCAAGUUUAAUACAAAAGUCAGAUCACAGCAUCACUGGCCAGUCCAAGAAAGAUAACAAACUGAGGUUAAACAACAACGAGCCUUUAAAAUGGAAGGAGUCGUUUGAGAAACUGUUGUCCAGUCAAAAUGGACUGUGUCUGUUCAGAGCAUUCCUGGUCUCGGAGUUCAGUGAGGAAAACAUUGCCUUCUACUUGGCUUGUGAGGACUACCGGGCAACAAAAUCUUCAAAACUGGCCGCCAAAGCCAAGAAAAUUUAUGACCAGUUCAUCAGCUCUGAUGCACCACAAGAGGUUAACCUUGACCAUGCAACCAAGGCCAUCACAAUGGAGAACAUGGAGCAUCCCAGCAAGUCCUGUUUCAAUCUGGCCCAAGACAAAAUCUACACCCUGAUGGAAAAAGACUGCUACCCUCGCUUCCUCAAGUCCUGCACAUACCUGGAGCUCAGCAGAAAGGCUAAGACUGGCUAACCAACUUUAUUUUGAAAAGAACUGUCCAGCAGACAUAAAGGGACACAAGCUUACUGACGCCCAGCAGAGACUGGAAAGGUUCACGAGGAACAAAUACCUCAGUCCAAGGAGUUUCACGCCAGGUUCUAGAGUUAUUUUGGGGGUUGCACACAGAUUGGCGUCCGAGCUGAACACAUGAAGCUGUGA